GAAAACCUUGUUUCUUUCGCUUUUGGAACGCAAGUGUAUAUUUUAAAAAGCAAAGGGCAGUAAGAACCUGAUCGGCUCUCAAUUUAGAGGAUGUCCAGCUCUCUCUCACAGCAAUCGCUGGUACAUCUCAGUGGCCACAAUGAAACUGUCCUCUGUCUAGACGUCCAUCCCGAUGGUCAGCUCGUCUCUGGGGCAGAGCAGGGAGAGAUCAUUGUUUGGAACACUGAGGGGAAGGCAGUGACUAAGAUAUGCUCCCCCAAUCAAGAAGAAGACGUGGCAUCGGUUUGCAGUUUGAAGACAAAUCAAAACAUGGUAUAUUCAGCGGUGGGGCAGGGGGUAUUCAUUUAUGACUUAAGGUCAGGGACAUCACCUGUUCACCAGUUUGAGGUCAACGAGGAUGAAGUGAACCAAGUCGCGGUGAAUGAACAGGGAACUUUUUUAGCUGCCUGUGAUGAUGCCAAUACAAUAAAGGUGAUGAAUUUACAAGAGAGGAAAGUUUAUAAGACUCUAUGCAAGCACUCCAAUAUCUGCUCCUCUGUUUGUUUUCGUCCUCAGAGAUCAUGGGAAUUGCUAAGUGGUGGAUUUGACUGUAAUCUCCUCCACUGGGAUUUCUCCAGGGGACGGGCAAUCAAGAAGAUUAACAUGCAGGAAAUUGGGGAUGAGAAGGAGAAUGCCACCGAAUACUUCAUCAACCCUCCCUUCAUACAUUCAAUUGCUUUAACACCAGAUGGGAGUCACACAGCAUGUGGACUUGAAAAUGGCAAAAUACAGAUUAUGAAUAGCAGUAAAAAGCAGCUAGAGGUGGGGCAAACUUUAUAUGGGCACACCCAGGGAGUAUCUUCAGUGUAUUUCACACCCCAGGGAUCUGGGAAGGCCGACCCCCAGGGGGAUGGUGGCCACGCCCCUAAGCUCAUCUCUGGUGGCAAUGACCGCCAGAUACGGAUAUGGACUCUUUUGGAUCAGCAAGAAGAUGGCAAUCUGGAAUAUGCCAACUACUAA